UUGAUUGUCAUCCUCUAUUCCUCUUCUUCCUCUUCUUCACAUACAAAGUGAGACUCGCACACACGCACACACACAGAGUCUCUUCCCUCUCUCUUGUUUGAAACCAAAAUGCACUCUGCAGCCUCCUUCUCUCCAAGCCCUCAAGCUCAGAUAUACAGCACCUCUUGGAAAAGACCCCCCAAAAUCAACACUAAAUCCCACAAAAACCUUCGCUUCCUCUUCAGCUCAAAUUCCAACACCCUAUUCAGACCUUCGUUCUCUUCCGCUCCUUUCCCACUCAACCUCAAAUCUACUUCAUACCCAAUUCAGCUCCACCCCUUGGCAGACUCAGUCCAUGACAACCUCGUUGAAAACCUUGAGAAUUCCAUGAAUUCCCACAUACCCAUCAACGAAAUCCGCCAAGUUACGCCCUUAGAAUCGUGUCCAAGAAUCUUCAUCCAAGAACCACCUUGGAUUGCCUCGCUGUUCUUGAAGGGUCUGUACAAAAGGAGCAACCAAGAAGUGAAAUUGGAGUUCAAGGAAAUGGAGAAGAGGAAGUAUAAUCUGCUGAGGAGGAGGCAGAUUAAGGCGGAGACUGAGGCGUGGGAGAGAAUGGUGGAGGAGUAUAGGGAGUUACAGAGGGAGAUGUGUGAGAAGAAGUUGGCUCCCAAUUUGCCGUAUGUGAAGGCAUUGUUUUUGGGCUGGUUUGAGCCGUUGAGGGAUGCGAUAGAGAGAGAGCAGAAGGUGCAGCGGACGAAGAAGCAGAAGGCUGCAUUUGCGCCUCACAUAGAUUUAUUGCCACCAGAUAAGAUGGCGGUUAUUGUUAUGCAUAAGAUGAUGGGGUUGUUUAUGAUGGGAAAUCAGGAGGGGUAUGUUUUGGUUGUUCAGGCUGCAGUGCAGAUUGGUGUGGCUAUAGAGCAAGAGGUUAGAAUUCAUAGUUUCUUGGAGAAAACUAAGAAUUACCAGAGGAAGAAGAUUGAAGCUGAUACUGAAGAGGGUCUGCGCAAGGAGAAGGAGAUUCUUAGGAAACGUGUAAAUAGUUUAAUUAGAACGAGAAGAUUGAAGGAAGUGCAAAAGCUAUUGAAGAAUGAAGAAUUUGAGCCCUGGGGUCGAGAUACCCAGGCUAAGCUGGGAAGCCGCUUGAUAGAAUUAUUAACUGAAACGGCUUAUGUGCAACCUCCACUAAACCAGUUAGCGGAUGGCCCACCUGACAUUCGACCUGCUUUCAGGCAUAAAUUUAAACGUGUAACAAAUCCAGGGCAGAAAAUUGUGAAGAAAUAUGGAGUUAUAGAAUGUGAUCCUCUAGUCCUUAUGGGGCUUGAUAAAACUGCUAAGCAUAUGUUGAUUCCUUAUGUACCCAUGUUGGUACCUCCAAAAAAAUGGAAAGGGUAUGGCAAGGGUGGGCAUUUGUUCCUACCUUCUUAUGUCAUGCGUACUCAUGGAUCCAGGAAGCAGCAGGAUGCUGUUAAGAUUGUUCCUGUGAAACAGAUGCAAAAGGUUUUUGAGGCCCUGGAUGUGCUUGGCAACACCAAAUGGAGAGUAAAUAGAAGAGUUCUUAAUGUAGUCGAAUCCAUUUGGGCUAGAGGAGGCAAUGUUGCUGGCUUGGUCAAUCGUGAAGAUGUUCCUAUACCAGAGAAACCAUCCUCAGAGGAUUUAGCAGAAAUUCAGGAAUGGAAAUGGAAUUUGAGAAAGGCAAAGAAGAUUAAUCUAGAGAGGCAUUCUCAACGAUGUGAUACUGAACUUAAGCUUUCUGUGGCUCAAAAAAUGAGAGAUGAGGAAGGCUUUUAUUAUCCCCACAAUCUUGAUUUCCGUGGCCGAGCAUAUCCAAUGCACCCACAUUUGAAUCAUUUGAGUUCUGAUCUAUGUCGAGGAAUACUUGAGUUUGCUGAAGGGCGACCAUUAGGGAAGUCUGGCUUAUACUGGCUGAAGAUACAUUUAGCGAACCUGUAUUCAGGCGGUGUUGAGAAGCUUUCACAUGAUGGACGUCUAGCCUUUGUUGAUAAUCAUCUUCGUGAUAUAUUUGAUUCAGCAGACAACCCUAUUAAUGGAAACCGGUGGUGGUUAAAAGCGGAAGAUCCUUUUCAGUUCUUAGCUGCUUGUAUUAAUCUCUCAGAAGCCUUAAGAAGCUUAUCACCGCAUAACAUCAUCUCACACUUGCCAAUUCAUCAGGAUGGUUCAUGCAAUGGUUUACAACACUAUGCAGCAUUGGGAAGAGACAGUAUGGAAGCAGCUGCAGUCAACUUAACUGCUGGAGACAAACCUGCUGAUGUUUACUCAGAAAUUGCUGUGAGGGUUCAUGAUAUUAUGAAAAGGGACAGCAACAAGGACCCAGCUACAAAUCCACAUGCUCUAUUAGCGAAGAUCUUAAUUGAUCAGGUCGAUCGGAAAUUGGUGAAACAGACCGUGAUGACUUCAGUAUAUGGUGUUACUUAUGUUGGGGCACGGGAGCAGAUAAAAAGAAGAUUAGAGGAGAAGGGUCUUAUUACUGAUGACAGAUUACUGUUUACUGCAGCUUGCUAUGCUGCUAAAGUAACAUUGGCUGCCCUUGGCGAGAUAUUCCAAGCUGCACGGGACAUAAUGGGUUGGCUUGGUGAUUGUGCCAAGGUAAUUGCUUCUGAAAAUCAACCCGUGCGCUGGACCACUCCUCUUGGUCUUCCAGUUGUACAACCCUACUGUAGAAGUGAAAGGCAUCUUAUAAGAACGUCUCUUCAGGUUUUGGCUUUGCAGCGGGAGGGUAACUCAGUAGAUGUUAGAAAACAGAGAACCGCAUUUCCGCCAAAUUUUGUCCAUUCGCUUGAUGGUACACACAUGAUGAUGACUGCUAUUGCCUGCAGGGAUGCUGGCUUACGUUUUGCAGUUGCCAAUGUCAUAUUUUCUGGGAGCAGCUUACCGCCAAUUCAAAAGUCUUCCAUUUGCUUCCAUUCUCGUGCAAAUGGAAACCACGUGUAAAAAAUUAAAUUUGAAGGCUAAGAGCUUGCCGCGUCACCCAUCUCUAACCAAACUCAGUGCUAAUGACAUUGUUAACUUGUUAAGUAUGUCCCUUCAACGCCAACCCUUCCUCCUCCACCGAGCCCUACUCCUGCGACAAGAUCAUGUACUGCUGCCAAUCCGGCGGCCUCCUCUAUGUGCAACAUGACAUGCCCGCAUAGGGAUCACAUGGCCCUACAGCUCGGGCGUAUAGUCCAAGGAGUGGCUCCUUCAGGAGAUCAACAGAGGCAACAUCGUUAGUGCCUUCGAGGGCAGCUCCAACCUCUUCUGGGCUGAGCGUUUCAACAAGUAGUUCCUGGGCAUGAACGACCUUUAGGUCAAGCACUGUGGGAUCAGCCAGCCCAGAGAAGAAAAAGAAGAAAGAGAAGAAGGAUGAGAUCCGGCACAAUCUGAAGGACCUAUUUGUGUCCUUGCCGCUGCUUGAAGAGUUUCAGAUAAGAGAUUCGAAGUAGGGGAGAUUGGGUUGUUACUGGAAACCAGGAGCAUGGGGUGGUGGUGGCUCAAUGGCUCGGUGUGGUGGAGCCAGUUCUUUGGCCAGUGAUGGCGACAUUUCAAAAUAGAUGGCUCAGAAAAGCUUGACGACCUGGGCAUAAAUGGAAUAGCGACGGUGUUACUUUGACGUUAGUGCUGAGUUUGGUUAGAAAUGGGUGGUGUGGUAAGCUGUUAGCCUUCAGAUUUAAUUUUUUACACGUGGCUUCCAUUCAUAUGAAAAUGGGAGCAAAUAGGAGACUUUUAAAUCGGGUUGAGCCACUCCCACUAUUAUUGAAUUAUUUGUUUGUUUUUGAAAGUGCAUGUAGUUCUGUGUUGUAUUUUAUGAGAUGCUGCCAAACAUAUUAUUAACUAGA